AGUUUAAUAGAGCAAGGUCCCCAUACGCCUGUAUUAUCAGCAAUAUAACAAUUAUAAAAAGCCCGAGAACCAUCAUCAUCACUGCCAUAAAAACUGAGGCCCUCAGAUUUUUUUCCCUCUCCCCCUCCUCCUCCCUCUCCCCCCUCCCGCUUUUUAAACCCUGGGCCCUGGAAAAGCCAUGAAUUUUGAAUUUGAGAGGGAGAUCGGGUUUAUAAAUAGCCAGCCUUCGCUUGCAGAGUGCCUGACGUCUCUUCCCGCUGUCCUGGAGACAUUUCAAACUUCAUCAAUCAAGGACUCGACAUUAAUUCCUCCUCCUUUUGAGCAAACCGUCCUCAGCCUGAAUCCUUGUUCCAGCAGCCAGGCGAGACCAAGGAGCCAAAAAAGAGCAUCUCAUGGCCUGCUCCAGCUCCAGCCCCAGCCUCCGGCACAGCCCGGCCCCUUGGCAGCGGAAUUCCCCUGGAUGAAGGAGAAGAAAUCGUCCAAGAAAGCUACCCAGGCUCCAUCCUCUUCUUCCUCUUCUUCCCCCCCAUCAUCUUCCUCGGUGCCGGUCCCUGCCGCAGGAUCUCCUGCAGACAUCCAGGGGCUGGCAGACACCAGCGGCUCCAGGAGGCUCCGGACCGCGUACACCAACACGCAGCUGCUGGAGCUGGAGAAGGAAUUUCACUUCAACAAAUACCUCUGCAGGCCCCGGCGGGUGGAGAUCGCGGCUCUGCUCGACCUCACCGAGCGGCAAGUCAAGGUCUGGUUCCAGAACCGCCGGAUGAAGCACAAGAGGCAAACCCAGUACAAAGAACCCCCCGACGGGGAUCUCGCCUACCCCAACCUGGACGAGGGCAGCGACCCCGCGGAGGAGGCUGAGGAGAGCCCAGCUUUCGGGCCGGCUCCGGAGCCCAGCGGGCCCUACCAAAGCGAAAAGCCGGGGAACGAGGAGCCCGGGAGCCCGCGGUUCGCGGCGGCCGGGGCGGAGCGGGCGGCCGCGGGGGAGCCCGGCGCCACCGCCGGCCCCUCGGACCGUGCCUACCCCGAGAGCCAGGACUCGCCUUUGUUGCCAGAGCUGAGCAUCUUCUCGGCAGAGUCCUGCCUGCAGCUCUCGGAGGGGCUUUCCCCCAGUCUCCAAGGCUCCCUGGAGAGCCCCGUCCACUUCUCCGAGGAAGACCUGGACUUUUUUACAAGCGCACUUUGUACUAUAGAUUUGCAACAUUUAAAUUUCCAAUAGCGACCCCCCCCCCCGCCUCGCCGUUUCUGCCCCUUGCAGGCGCACCAGCCCCAUCCCGAGCCCCUGCCAGCUCUCCCCAGUCUCCCGUACGGGGCGGGGGGGGGGGGGCACCCCCAAAACCAAACCCAAGCCAUCUCUUAUUCAAUCACCCCAUCCCAAUCCCCAGACACUUUCUUUUAAAGCUCCUCACACUGUGGGACCCGAAUCACCCUCCCAAUAUUUAUUCUAGAAGGCUCACGGGAAAGAACAGCCCGAUUUUUGCUAAAUGCAGGUAUUUAAUUAUAGUUUUAUUUUUUCCUUAUUUAUUUUAAAGAAAGCACCCGAUAGUUCUCACGCACAUCAGAGAUGUUAGCCCCCAAGAGAAAACAUUUGUAAAUCCUUCAGGAUUUACUUUCUCAGGAAUCAGAACGAGACUUUUAGAUUUCUUAAUAAAAUAAUUAAUAAAAAAAAAACCAGAGGAAUUUUCCUUCCUCUUUUUAAGUUUUAGAUGUAGACUA